CUCCUCGUCGCGUCUCCAGGGAAAAAGACGCGUCCCAUCAUCACCACCACCAACACCCGCCACCACCAUCUCACUCUACCAACAACUCGCCCUCACACCUCACGACCCCUCGACAACCGACAUCCGCUUGAUCCCUCAAUACAAACACACGUAGACAAUGACUUCAUACGGCGGCUUCACGAAAACGCCCUAUGGCGCCCAGGGAGGCGACGAUGCCGGCGGCUUCGUCUACGGUGGCUCUCAGCAGGGUAGCCAGGGCGGCGGCAAGGCCUACAGCGAGGAGUCCCUCCGCCCCGUCACCAUCAAGCAGAUCAUCGACGCCGACGAGGCCUACCCGGGUGCCGAUUUCAAGAUUGACGGCGCUACCGUCACACAAGUAACUUUUGUAGCCCAGAUCCGUCAAAUCUCGCCGCAGCCGACAAACAUUACCCUCAAGCUCGACGACGGCACCGGCCUCAUCGAGGUCAAGAAGUGGGUCGACACAGACAAGAAGGACGACGCCGACGCCAACCUCGAGGUUGAGGGCUACGUCCGCGUCUGGGGCCGCCUCAAGUCCUUCAACAACAAGCGCCACGUCGGCGCCCACUUCAUCCGCCCCGUCACCGACUUCAACGAGGUCAACUACCACCUCCUGGAGGCCACCUACGUCCACCUCUACUUUUCCAAGGGCCCGGUCAAUGGUGCUGGCGCCGGCGGCGCUGAUGGCAUGUUCGUUGACGGCGACGAUUCAUAUGGCAGCGGCGCCGGUGCCGGUGCCGGUGCCGGCGGGAACUCCGGCCAGGCCGACAAGCUCAGAGGCUGCUCGGCCGCCGCGCAAAAAAUUUUCAACUUCAUCAACAACUCGCCCGGCGGCAACGAGGGCGUGAACAUCAACCGGAUCGUAAGCGGGACUGGCCUCAGUGCGCAGAGCGUGAUAGCUGCUGCGGACGACCUGCUCGGCAAUGGUCUGAUUUAUCCGACGGUCGACGACGAGACGUGGGCCAUUUUGGAUUACUAGACGAUCCAGACGCACAUGGGCGUUUCGAAGACAAGGGGGUGGCUGGUAUACUAUCAUUCAGUCAAGAUGAUGGGAAUGGAUAUACGCACGCAGGAAAGAAUCCUUGCGUGCGGUUUCAUCGACUUCGGGCCAAAAGAAAAGGAUCAGCACAGGUGGUGUGCUGAUGUAUUUGUCACGACAUGGGCGGGAAAAUUAGGAGACAGGCGUAACAGCCCGUGAUCCUAUGAAUAUGAAUGAAACGAGAGGAUCGAUCGGUAUUCUAAUGAAUGGCUAGAGCUAGUCGCCGGAUACAAGCAAAAACAACUGGAAGCAAGAAACUGCCCCU